UUACACGUCGGCGUUGAGGCCUGGUAGAAACACCAGACAGCCAGUCGGUUGCCGUACACGUUCAUCGUCGCACGCUGUUAUUCUUUUAUUAUUAACAAUGAGUACCACGAGACUCAAACUCCCUUCAAACUUUAUUUAUUAUUUUUAUUUUUUUAUAUAAAUUUAAUUAUUAUUCCUGACUUACUUUUACUAAUUAUUUUCAAUUUUAAAAAUUAAAAACUAAAAUAGUGCAUUGUAAUUAAUAUAUUAUUAAUUUUUUUUUAACCGGAGAUAUUUUUUUUAUUUUUUUUGUGAUGAAAGUUUAAUGCCCCAAAGCAAAAAAUAAGGUACAGGAUAAAGAUAAAGAUAAAAUUUAUGAAUAACCAAAAAGAAUAAAAGUUUAAGUAUAAUGAAGAGAAGAAGAGAAGAAGAAGAAGAAGAAGAAGAAGAAGAAGAAGAAGAAGAAGAAGAAGAGACAGCAGUAGGAAAAAGAUUGUCGAUUAAGGUCAAUCGAAGUUGAUAGCUGCUUCGGGCAAAUCUAACAGUGGAGAAACAUUCAAGAAGUUCUUUUUAUCUUUUACUUUCUAUCUUACACCAUUGGACUGAAUGUUACCAGUUGGACUGUUGAUCUGUGUCCCUUAUGCUACUGCACACCUCAACUUUAAAUUACCUUAUUAAAAGUGACUAUCAGUGACUAAAAACUAAACUCGGUUGUUAUUAUAAAGUGUGUGGGGGUGUGUCGAUCAAUAAUUAUUAUAAAUUUAAAUACAUCUUGGGUAUGAAUAGAUAAAAAUAUGAUGAUUACCGCAAUAUUGUUAAAGAUCUAAAGCUCUGACAGUAUGAUAGUAAUAGUAAUAAUAUAAGGGUGUGAGGGUAUAAGAGUAUAAAAAGUAUAAAAAGUAAAAAAAGUAUAAAAGGUGGUUAUAUACAUAUAAAGAUAUAAAGAUGCAGUGUGAUGGGUGACGCCUCGAGCACUAUUGAAAUUUUAUGACGAGACGAAAAAGAAAAAAAAAAAUAAAUGAAAAAAAUGACAACGCAAGCUCUAAGCGCAAGAGAUGUAACAAGUUACUGGUUUAUAGGCGUCACGCUAGUGUGACUCCUCAUCAGAUCAGGAUCGCACAGGAUAAAUUAUUAAUCAUAUGAUUUACUUUUUAAAUCAUUUUUAUUUUAUUAUUUAUCGUUAUUAAAGACUUUAAACUCAACACUCACCAUCACUGUUUCAGAUACCCUCGGCAGUCGACACUUUCCAGCUGGAUAUCAAUCCUCAAAAUACCGGAUCCGAUCGGAUAGGAUAAUAAAUUCAAUAAAAUUAUUAUGAUAAAAAUCAAGAGUCGAGAUGGUAAAUUUUGGGCAAAGCCUUCCAAAAUUUCGUGAUUGAAAUAAAUAAAUCAGUUGAAUCAAAGUAGAAAAAAAAAAUCAAUUGAUGAUUGGUAUGAUUGAUAUGAUUGGUAGUCUUAGAAAAAGGCUUAAUUAAUAGAGAUAUGGGAAGACGCUUAGUCAAAAGUUAUUCAAUGACAGAUGGGGGGAACAUAUCUUACGAGCAUCUAGACAAUCCGUACCCCGAUAACCCAAUAGCAAACUUAUCGGCGACUACUCCUUCAAGUGGACUCCCAGAGCUGCUAACAACUGGAGCCGGUGAGUUUACCCACAAUAAAGUCUAUGGAGAAGAGAAUGGAGGAAGUGGAUUAUCAGGGAUUGAAUUUGGAAUUGGAACUGGGUGGAGCAAUGAUUCUGGAUUAAUAACCUCGACAACCACCAAUAAUAUUAUAAUAAAUGGCAGUAAAAUUAACGGCGGAGCUGGUGAAAGUGGAGGUGGCGGAGGGGGUGCAAGUAAUUUAAGUAGCUCGAUAACGGAUAACUAUACCUCAAUAUCCGACCUGUUUGUAUUCAGCGAUCUAAAUGACUAUAUAAAUAGGUUGAAUUACAGUGGGUUUGGGAAUUUGAGCAGCUACUACGAGGGAGGUGUCGUUGCCGGACUCAAUCUGACUGGUACAGUUAACGCCAGUUGUCUGUCUCUAUCAACUUUGUCAUCUCUCUCGUCAAUAAAUCAAACAAUCGGGGUAAUACCGGGUGGGAGUGUUGUCUCCGUGGGUGGUCAGUGCAGUGGUUCUGAAUCUUCAGAUGAAGAGUCCGAUGUUAAUAAUUGGUGGGCUUUAAUACUCGUUAUCGUACCUUGUCUCACUUUAUUUGGAAAUGUGCUCGUAAUACUCGCCGUAUUUAGAGAACGUACUUUACAAACAGUUACCAAUUACUUUAUUGUUAGUCUAGCCCUCGCUGAUUUACUUGUUGCGGUUGUGGUUAUGCCUUUCGCCGUUUACGUUUUGGUGAAUGGCGCAUGGGCAUUGUCGGCGUUUAUUUGUGACUUUUAUAUCGCUAUGGAUGUGACGUGCAGCACAAGUUCAAUAUUUAAUUUAGUAGCAAUAUCAAUAGACAGGUACAUAGCUGUGACACAGCCAAUAAAAUAUGCCAAACACAAAAACAGCACCAGAGUAUGGAUGACUAUACUUUUGGUGUGGGCAAUAUCUGCUGCGAUUGGCAGUCCAAUAGUUCUCGGCCUAAAUAAUACACCAGAGCGUCAGCUAGAUUUGUGCGUCUUUUACAAUUCUGAUUUUAUUAUCUACUCAAGUCUCUCGAGUUUUUAUAUUCCCUGUAUUAUUAUGGUUUUCUUGUACUGGAAUAUUUUCAAGGCACUUCGAAUACGUGCUGCUAAAGCAAGAGCUCACAAAAAAUCUAAUUUACGAGAUAUCAAACCAAAUAAUAUAAUUGAAAACGUAAUACAUACCCAACGUGUUUAUUCUGUCGCAAGGUUUGCGGAGACGGCACUGGGAACAGCCACUCUUGUGGCGCCGGUACAUGAAGAGCCGACAAAUACAGCCUCCGGUAGCAAUGAGGACGAGGACGAGACACCCGUUGACCCGGUAGUUGUCAUAUCAAACGACAAGAGCGCUGAAUUUUUUAUGGCUACGGUCGUCGAGGAAGCUGCAGUCGUUGCUAAGGCACAUUUGACCAGCUCUAAUUCAACCAGGAGUGAUUCUAACAAUCUGUGUCUCGAGGAUGCUGUGAGCAGCACAAUGGAGGGUAAUUCGAGCCCGAGUCCAAACCCGAGGACAACCUCUGCACCGUCCUCCUCGACUUCGUCCUCGCCUCCGCCUCUUAGGAGUGCUACCCAGAUUAAAAAAACCACCAACGGUCUCAACAAGCAAGGACUCAAGAAACUCAAGAGCACUGGGUCACUUUUGCCGGCGCAAUUCAAACGCAGCCCUAGUGUCCUUAACGUCGGAACCGGGCCCGGCGUAACAGCUGGAGUAGGCACCGACGCCGUUAAAAAGGAGAAAAAGCCCAGCGACAGCACCUCCAGAUUCACGAUAUAUAAAGCCAACAAAACCAGCAAGAAGAAGCGAGAAAAAAGCUCCGUCAAGAAGGAACGAAAGGCCACUAAAACACUCGCCAUUGUGCUUGGAGUUUUUUUAAUAUGUUGGGUGCCAUUUUUUACUUGCAAUGUGAUGGACGCGCUGUGUUCCAAACUGAAAAUGGACUGUCAGCCCGGUGUAACAGCUUUCAUCGUCACUUCUUGGCUGGGCUACAUGAAUAGCUUUGUAAACCCAGUGAUCUACACAGUCUUCAAUCCGGAAUUUCGAAAAGCCUUCCGUAAACUUAUGAGAAUCUAAAUUAUUAUUAACAUCAGUCAGUAGUCACCUUUUUGUACACUAUUCUAAUAAUAAAUAAUAAUUAGUAAUCUAAUAAAUUUCCCGAUUGACACUUUAAUGACAAAAUAUUUUUAUUUUUCGAGACAGAAAUAAAAACAUCCGAUUGAAAGUAUAAAUAAUCAUAAAGAUAAAUACAAUUUUUCACGUAUUUAAUAGAUACUGCGUAUGGUUAAUUGAGUCCAGGUUGUGUCGAGAUUACCCAACAUAUUUUAUUAACAUAUAUAUAUAUAUAAUAUAUAUAUAUAUAUAUAUAUAUAUAUAUAUAUAUAUAUAUAUAUGAAUUUGUCAAAUUAAAAAUAACAAAUACAUUUAAUAUUUGAUCCAUCAACCGAUAAGUAAAGUAACAGUAGCAAUAUUUUUUCGCUCAAAAUAAAUUCUAUGUAGAUUUAAUAUUUUUUUUUUUGUUUAUUAUUAACAACAAUUGUUUAUCAUAUUAGUACUUUAGUGGAUGUGUUAUUAAACUCUUAAAUCGAAUUUCAAAAACAAACAUAUCAAAAGCAGAUCCCAGAAGUAAUUAACGAUAGGAUUUGAAAUCAAAAUAAAAGUAACCAUGUAGACACAUCAGUAAGAAAUAAUAAAUAAAGUAAUUAAGCUUUGGCUAAUCUAAGUAUACUCCGUCUCGAGUGUAGAAAUUCUGCGCGCAAUAAUAAUAAAUAAUAAUAAUAAUAAUAAUAAUAAUAGUUAUAACUAAGGAAUGCUUUUGACUUACUAUUAAAUCAUUCUGUACAUUUGUAAAUACAAGUUAAGUUAUUACUUUAGUUUAUUUUGUUAGCAAAUUUACGUUUACGACAUUAAAACAAAACAAAUUUUACUAAAUUAAAUUGGAUAAUUAUCUGUAGUUAUGAAGCUUUUGAUGUAAAACUAGAGCCUAGUACUGCUGAUGACGUGAUAGAAUAAAAAAAAUCAAAAAAAAAAAAAAAAAAAAAAAAAAAAAAACAACAAACCAAAAACAUAUUUUAUUCCA